UAUAGAGAGAAGAGAGAGAGAGAGAGAGAGAGAGAGAGAGAGAGAGAGAGAGAGAGAGAGAGAUUCUCCACCUUUCCUUAGCUUCUCCUUAUCCCUUCCCCCUUUCCUCGCUCCCCUUUGUCUCCUUUUUUGAUUGUGUUCGUGAGUGUUGUUGUAGUAGUUGAAAAGUAGUAUAGUAGUAAAAGAAGCUAUGGAAUGGCUGCAAGAGUCUACAACCAUGAGCUUCAUAUCAUUCUUCUUGAUACCUCUAGCUCUCUUGUUUGUUAUCUCCAUGAGGCGCCGGCGGAAGUUCCCGUUUCCGGCGGGGCCUCGUCAACUGCCGAUCAUCGGCAACAUGCUGAUGAUGGACCAGCUGACCCACCGCGGCCUCGCCAAGCUCGCAGACAAGUACGGCGGCCUCUGCUACCUCCGCCUCGGCUACCUCCACGCCUUCGCGGUGUCGACGCCGGAGAUGGCCCGAGAAGUCCUCCAGGUGCAGGACAACGUCUUCUCCAACCGGCCGGCCACCAUGACCAUCACCUAUCUCACCUACGACCGCGCCGACAUGGCCUUCGCCCACUACGGUCCCUUCUGGCGCCAGAUGCGCAAGCUGUGUGUCAUGAAGCUCUUCAGCCGCAAGCGCGCCGAGUCGUGGGCCGCCGUCCGCGAAGAGAUCGAAGCCAUGAUCCAUGCCGUCGCUGACCGGAAAGGCACCACCGUCAACCUCGGCGAGCUCAUCUUCAACCUCACCAAGAACAUCACCUUCCGGGCUGCUUUCGGAACCCAGAGCCAAGAGAACCAGGACGAGUUCAUCUCAAUAAUUCAAGAGUUUUCGAAGCUCUUCGGGGCGUUCAACAUCGGGGACUUCAUCCCCUGGCUCAGCUGGAUUGAUCCGCACGGCAUCAACCAGAGGCUCAAGGUUGCGCGGGCCGCCCUCGACUGCUUCAUCGACAACAUCAUCGACAUGCACAUGGCAAACCCGAAGGCGACAGACGCGGAGGACGCCGACAUGGUCGACGACAUGCUUGCGUUCCUCGAAGAUUCUCGUGUUAGCAAGGAAGGUGGUGAUCAGAAGGAUGAGCUCCACGGAAACCUCAAGCUCAGCAGGGAUAACAUCAAGGCAAUAAUCAUGGAUGUGAUGUUCGGUGGCACGGAGACCGUGGCCUCGGCAAUAGAGUGGGCCAUGGCAGAGCUAAUGAGGUGCCCCGACGAGCUCAAGCGGGUGCAGCAAGAGCUGGCUGACCUGGUUGGGCUGGACCGCAAAGUCCACGAGAGCGACCUCGACAGGCUCCCCUUCCUCAAGUGUGUCAUCAAAGAGACCCUCCGCCUCCACCCCCCUAUCCCACUCCUCCUCCAUGAGACCGCCGAGGACUGCAAGGUCGCCGGCUACUUGAUCCCCAAGAAAUCAAGAGUCAUGAUUAACGCCUGGGCCAUCGGCCGCGACAAACUGGCAUGGAGGGACGCUGACAAGUUCCGGCCAUCGAGGUUCGCCCCAGGCGGCGACAGCACGGGCAUCGACUUCAAGGGGAGCUUCUUUGAGCUCAUACCGUUCGGCUCGGGGCGGCGGUCAUGCCCGGGGAUGCAGCUGGGGCUGCACGCACUGGAGCUGGCGGUGGCGCAGCUCCUGCACUGCUUCAAUUGGGCCCUGCCGGAUGGGAUGAAGCCGAGCGAGCUCGACAUGGGGGAUGUCUUUGGGCUCACCGCGCCUAGGGCGGUCCGGCUCACCGCAGUGCCCACUCCACGACUCACUUGUGCACUAUAUUGAGCAGCACUUUUGUGGUAGGGUUUGUCGAUGUUUCCAGGUUCGUCGUAUCUUAAUUUGGUGGUGGUUUUGAAAUAAGAGGGAGAAGGGAAAAACUAUAGACCAGGUUGGGAAGGUGGCGGUGGUUUAUCUUCCUAUGUCCACGCAAUAAAGCUUUUUGGAUUUUAGGAUACUGUAAUAUACGUGUGUAUUCGUCUGAGGAUU